GCGAAAGUUAGCUAAACAGACGGAAGCCGUCGUUUUCACCGUAUCCGAGUGACACAUACAUUGCAUAGGAUUUAGUUAACCGAAAGAAAAACAUAAUCCAAAACCUGGUAGAAGUUAGCUAGUGACGCUGAGUAUAAAGCUAGCGUGCUUUUUACGAUCGGAGUUCCGCAACUCAAACUACUAGGCUACAGUUAAGCUAGCUAGCUUUACUAGCUUGUUGCACUGACGAUUUAGCUAGCUGAUCUGAGUUCAAUAUCUCUAAAUAUCGCUUUGUUGUAGUCUGUACAAGCUCUUGGUUCCAUACCAAUAAGGAUGGAGUACGGGAAGGAAAGGGUUGUGGCGCUGGUAGACAUGGACUGUUUCUACGUUCAGGUGGAGCAGAGGUUGAAUCCAGCCUUGAAGAACAUCCCAUGUGUGGUUGCCCAAUACAAGACUUGGAAGGGAGGCAGUAUUAUAGCGGUGAGUUAUGAGGCCAGGGCUCAUGGGGUGACAAGGAAUAUGUGGGCUGAUGAUGCUAAAAUACUGUGUCCAGAUCUCCAAGUGGCGCGGGUUAGGGAGUCUCAUGGCAAAGCAGACCUCACUCAUUACCGUGAGGCCAGUGUGGAAGUGAUCGAGGUGAUGUCUCGUUUCGCUGUGAUCGAGAGGGCCAGUAUAGACGAAGCCUACAUGGAUCUGACAGCUGCUGUGCAGCAGAGGCUGAAGGACAUGACAGAUCUUCAUGUAGACCCUGGCCUGCUGAAGGCCACCCAUGUUCAGGGCUAUCCACAGGAUCCCUCAGACCAGGAGGGGGCCCCAGAGGACACUGGCACAGAUAAAGAGAUGCAGAGGUCCAGAGGGCUGCAGCAGUGGCUUGGCUCCCUUCCAGUCCCUCCGGCUGGGGCCCUGGGGCUGCCCAGUGCCGAGCUGCAGCUGGCGGUGGGGGCCGUGAUCGUGGAGGAGAUGAGAGCAGCUGUGGAGCAGCAUACAGGCUUCCGCUGCUCUGCCGGGAUAUCCCACAACAAGGUGCUGGCUAAACUAGCCUGUGGCCUCAACAAGCCCAACCGCCAGACUGUCUUGCCUCUAGACUCGGUACCUGAGCUCUUCAACUCUCUCCCCAUCGGCAAGAUUCGAAAUCUGGGCGGAAAACUAGGGGCGUCCAUCUCCGAGACCCUGAAGGUGGAAAACAUGGGAGAUCUGACCCGCUUCUCUCCGGCUCAGCUUGGACAGAGCUUUGGGGACAAGACCGGACCAUGGCUGCAUGACAUGUGUCGGGGGAUCGACUUUGAAGCUGUCAAGCCCAGGCAGCUUCCAAAGUCUAUUGGCUGCAGUAAAAACUUUGCUGGGAGGACAUCGCUUGUCACCAAAGAGCAGGUGCAGCACUGGCUCUACCAGCUAGCUCUGGAGUUGGAGGAGAGGCUGACCAAGGAUAAAGACAUGAAUGGUCGAGUGGCCAAACAGUUGACUGUGGGUAUUCGGCAGUUGGGGGAAAAAAAGCCAAGCAGCUUCUCCCGCUGCUGUGCGCUAGCACGCUACGACGCUACCAAGAUCUCGACCGACAGCUUUGCCAUCAUCAAGAGUCUGAACACGGCGGGAAACCACCAGGCGGCAUGGACUCCGCCCCUCACCUUGCUCCACCUCUCCGCCAGCAAGUUCAAUGAUGCCCCCUCUGCAGGGUCAGGGGGAAUCGCUGGUUUCCUGUCUAGUGAUGUCACAUCCACGCAGAGUAAGUUCUCCACUCAAAGCACCCAGGCCUCUUCGGACUCCAGCCCUGGUAGACCAGGUGCCAUCCAAGCCUUCUUCCAAAGAGCUGCAGAGAAACAAAGGAAGAGGAGGGAGGAAGAAGAAGAAGAGGGGGAGGGGAACGUGGAGGAGGGUGGUGGAGGCUCUGGGACUUCUCUCCAAUCAACAUUCAUGCCUUCCUCUGGGGUUGAGGGCUGUGUGUCUGGGCAAUCAUCCUCCAGGUCGUCCUCUCCCCCUCCCCUUGUAGUCGCCAUCCCUCCCCCCCCUUCGGCCUCGAUCACCUCCUUCUUCCAGAGGAAGACGCUGGAGAAGAGCAACUCUGGAACAGACGAGCACAUUGGUGGCCGUGAGACGGCAGGACACCACAUGACAAUAAAUGACAGAGACGCACUGGAAUGUGGGUCACUUUCAAAGAAUGGCACAGCAUUAAGUGAGGAAACCGCUCAAGGUCAUCUGUUAGGCAGCCUCACUAGGAGGUCAGGCUCCCCUGUGUCCUGCCCCGCUGCCUCCCCUCCCACAGCUUCCCUCACGCCCCCGCAGCUUUCCUCCAGCCUCGUGUCUGAAGACCUGCUCACCUGUGAGCGUUGUGGACAGGACGUCCUGGCCUGGGAGAUGCCCGAACACUAUGACUACCACUUUGCUCGGGACCUACAAGACUCGUUCUCUUCCACAUCCUCCCCUUCCGUCUCCUCGCCCGUCGCGGCCACGUCUCUCCCACCUCCACGGGUAGGAACGGGUACCCCCAAGUCUUCCCGGGGAAAGACGAGGGCGAGGGGCCAGUCAGGGCCCCAGGCCAAAAAGCCUCGCAGCAGCAGCACCCUGGAUGCUUUCUUCAAGAGGAGCUGACAAAGACGUCAAUGGAGAUAAAACAUUGUAUCCCUAUGUAAAUCUCAUGGGUGUAUGUGGUCUUUUUGUUUGCAAAAUGCUGUUUCUCUGUCACAUAUUUUACAUGCCGCACUUUUAUACCACUAGGUGUCGCCACAUCAUCACGAGAUCAUCCUGUUGAGAGAACUCAAGUGUUCAAAGUUGAUUUUAAUAUAAAGCUCAAAUAAUACCACUUUGUUCAGAAAUGUAAGUAUCAGUCUUAAGUUGUGUUUGUCUAAGGGCUUUAACUUCUGGAUAGUGGAGCUCAGAAGAGGUAAUUAACUAAUUGAACAUUAGCUAAUUGAACUGUCGAGACUACCCAACAGCAGGGAGCUACUUUGACUAUAUUGAUGCUCACUGUUCCCAGAGAGUCAACAGGCCAGGAUUGCCUCUAUGACAGAUAUUGUUGCACCACUUGUAGGUGUGGCCCAUGAUGUGAAAAUGCCCUCCACAGUGGAAGCAAGUGUUUAUUGUGUUGUAACAUCAGGGGCAGAACAGUGGAGGUUUCCCUGUCAAUGUUCUUUCACAUGAAAACACAGUUCAGUUUUUUUUAUUGAUUUAUGUACACCAUAAUAUACAAACUGGAUCUGUACAUAAAUACAUAUGGUACUUCACCCAAAAAAGAGGAUUAAAAUACAGUACGUCAUUUUGAAGAAAACAUUCGUCAUUGCAUCCGUAGUAGAGGAAUUGAUUAUAUUUGUGGUGUGUGAAAACAGGUGAUCUACGAAGAAAUUCAUUAACCACUAUAAAUCUAUAAAAACAGGAACAUUCCUCAAAUGCAAAAAUCUAUUUGAAACAUUCGAUACGCCUUUUUCAAGGCUAUAAAAUAGUUUGGUUGAAAUACAUUUUUUCCUCUCUAACUGUGCACACAAACCCUACAUCAAUAACGUUAUUGUAACAAACAAGGUACACGUCUCUACUGUCUCCAUACUGUUGUUUUGGAGGUGACAAUCUGUUGGAUCAUUCAUGUGAACAUACAAUGACAUGAAAUAACUAAUUAGGCCAAUAGUAGCCUUCAACAAUGAGUAGCAACUCUGAGUUUAGAUAUCAAAUAUGGUGUCACUGAAAAGCGCCAAAUCUGGCUGAUUGUAAAAAAGUAUUGAAACCCUUGGGUGUCAUGGAAGGUUCUCAGAGUUCCACCAGGCACUGUGUUUAAUCCUUACAAAAGCAAAAUGAUCUCAGUAACUUCAUGGAAAAGACUAAACGAAACUCGAACACAGAAGGUUAAACACAAUGUCAGCUUAGCAUUCACCACACAUAAUCAAACACACGAUAAGCACAUACCUUUUUUUGGAAAGAAUUGGUUGAAUAACAGUUUCCAAAAGCCCUUUAUGCCAAAACCUUGUCGAUUCAACACUGGAGUAGUGAUGUCAUGAACUACUACUGACCCCUGCAUCUGAAGCACAUCAUCUAGACAACCACCCCAUUGGUUCAUUGAGUUAUCAACAGGCAUUACUACAAGUCAAAAUCCUAAUUCUCACACAGUGUCCUAAAGGAAGAUAAGGUUAUCGUAGUCAAUGCUGGUUGAUAACCAUUAUGUCAGAUUCAUUUCCACAUGCCAGGGUACCGUCUUCAUAAAGCAGCACUGUCAACAGCCUGUUCAGUGUGAGAGGGCCAUGUGACUCUUUGUAACAAAAACUAAAAGUGUAUAAAUGUUUUAUAAUUGACGAGAGCUGAUGAAAUAAAGAAUGACAAGGAAGCAUCCCAGGAGGAUUUAGAAUCUCUAAAAGGCUUGUCCUCUGUCGUCAGGCACUCAGCUGGUCACAAAGACGAGGUGGUGUGUGGUGAUGAUUGCCUGCCUCUGACAUCAUUGUUAGCUGCUAUUGAAGCCUAGUCUAUUGCCCAUAGAGCAGUCUUCUACUUCAAAAGUUUGUAAACAUGUCUGAAAUAUAGAGGUGUAUUAAAAGACUUAGUGCCCUUACAGAUGAUAAAAAAUAUAGGCAUUCGUGUCAGUGUGUGUGUGUGUACGGUUUUGUGAAAUGAUAUUCUUGCGUUCAGGUGCAAACGUGUUUCUUCAAUGCACGUGUAUUAAGCACUUCAUCGGGUGUAUGAAUCAGCGAAGGGACUGCUUGUUUACGCUCAUGUUUCCAUGGUUACCAGAGAGAUAGAUGCCAGAUGAACAAAUCCUUGUUGAUCACCACUGUGACACUAAGGCAAUGCUUGGGGGAACCUACCUGAACACCAACAACUUAAGGUGAGUUAUUAUAAGAAAGGAUCUCGUUUUAAAGGCUCGAGAGAUUUGAGUGUGAGACAUUUGGUGUGACAACAAGGCUUUGGAGAAGCAAUCAUUAACAAAAGAGAAAAGACAGAACAAAAAAUAGAAAAA